UCAACGUAUCAAACUCUCAUAAACACCGUCUCGCGAAACCAAUAAACGCACUAUUCAGCGCAGCGGACCUCUGUGAGAACACCCGCCUCAUUCCACCGGUGUUUCGUGACAGGGUCGGAAUGUUCUUGUGUGCACACUUUGCAGGCGGCGUCGAUUAACGGCAACGUUAAGGAACAACAGAGAAAAAAAUGCAUGGCAUCGGUGCCGUCCGUUAUUCUGGGCGUUAAUAAAAAUAUAUGAGGGACUUAGGAGAAGGUUAUCUCACCUGGAAUACUUUCACAGUACAUAACGUUAACACGCAAAUAAGUUGUGCACGAUCUGUUGCCUAUCGCUAAAAACCGAUGCUUUAUCUGUAGUACGAACAUGGAAAAAACCGGCGUAGGUGAGAGAAAAACCUGGAAAGAUAUUAGUGACUAUAACUGUUGUUUUGUUACCAAAAGACGAGACUACCAGCAGUAGGAAAGUGCUGCAACAGUUUGUGGAAAUAACAGAAUUUCUCAGCCAUCAUCGUCGCUCAGGGUUGAAUGAGAUGUGAGACUGGUGGUGUCGCAAGGAGCAGCAGAAUUCAGUACAGAGGCACAUCGCUUGAUAACUGAACACUUCAUAACUGCCAGCGGAUUCCAAGAUCAACCCUGCAAAAUAGUGAGGAAACAGCCAUAUCUACACCAUGGGAUUUUAAACCAUUUCACCAAGAGCUUCAGCAAACCUUUUCAAAAGUUUCUCGGUCUCAAUGAAAACUAGGCUUAUCUUAAAAGCAAAUCUGUUGAGUGAACCUUAAGAAACUGGAAAGCGACUUGAAGGUUUACACAUAGUCACUCUCCUUGGAAAUUUCUAUUGUGAAGACAAUCAGCCUUGAAAACGUUUUACGUCUUUUCUGCCAUCAUCAGUUUAUUUUUUUAUUUUUUUGAGUGUGUCUGUGUCAACGGUUUAUUAUAUAUUCUGAAUACACACCUUAAAUGCAUGUAGCUAGGAUAACCAUUUUAUAUUCAAUGUGACAGAUGACUCAAUUCAUAUCUGAUUUCUUUUAACUAUUUUAAAUUUGCACACAGGAUUAUCCAUUUGGUAAUUCUUCACAUGCUGAAUGAGGAAGCGCACAUUCAUUUUAGUUCAGUAAUGUAAAGACGAUGAAUGAGAUACUGAACAAAAUCAAAAUGAUUCCUCACCAUACUGCUCUCAAACCCUCAAAGGAGUUCAACAUUCUGAGUAGUCCUGUUAACACGUAAACAGAAUAGUGCAGUAGAACAAGAUUAAUUUCUGAGUUGUUGUUUUUUUUCACCAAGUGUAUGAAAAUUGUUUAUACUAGUUAAUAACAGUAAUCAUUGAGGGAGCAUUACAGGUCAGGGAAAUCUGUUUAAAGACUAAGUGCCAUUGCUGAACGAAAAGAGUGCCCAAAUAAAAUAAAAAAAAUUGUGAUAAGCAAAAUAUUAGUUUACAUUUUAAAGUUGUUUACAGUUGCCCCUUUCUCUUAAACAAAACUUUCAUCCUGAUAAGUGCCAAGACAGGGAAUUAAACCUAAACACUUUUAUUGUAUACAGUUGUAUACAGAAUACUACAACAUAAUUGCCUUCAUGUGUCAAGAAAACACUAGAUAUUAAAGUAAUAGAAGGACAGUAACGAGAAGCCAUUUUGUUUGCCUGUGGAUAUCUGAAAAUGUAUAUUUUGGAAGAAAGCCACAAAAGGGAACAUUUGCCUUGUUAAUACAUUCAAAACUGACAAUUUAUUAAAUGGUCUUUAAUUUCCUGUUUAAACAAGAACUAGUCAAUUGUAUGUUGCCUGCACAGAAUAUUGUCAGCGUUUGGAUUGUUUUACAUAUUGUUCAGAUUCUCCAGCUAUAUGUUGGACGGAAGCACUGCAUGAUGAGAGAAUAUGUGUUAUGUAGCUCACCUUGAAGCUGAAAGCACAUCAAAAUAGUUAUUUUUCUCUCACGCCGUCUUGGAGUGUGACCGUUCAAAGCGCACACUUUAACAGACUUUGAGAACAGAUUUUUCUUUCAAGACUGUUUUGAUAUAGACUCAGAUUUCAUACGUCGGAGGGCUGCUACAAGAAUAUUUUACAAACGGCGCAAAGCAGGCUGUUUUUACAAAAUUCAGCAUUGUGCGGUGGGUUGAGUCAGCGAGAGAAAAUAGCAGCGUUAGUCAUGUAAAGAUGGUGUCCACCUUGGAAGCUCGAGUGCGUGUCACCAUUCUCUUCCUGCUAAUCGCUGUCCCACUUAACGCUUCCUCGGCGAGCGUCCCGGGCCCCACCAGAAACACACCAAAUGGGCCUAUCAUCAUUACACCGACGCCCAACCCCAGAUCUCAGGGUAAGGGCUUUCUGUACCCCCUUUCUAAAAACGGUGGGGGUAUGCGAGGGAAGUCCAUGAAUCGUCGGCCAAAGCAGCCAGCUGGAGCGGCAGAAAUGCCCCUCAGGCCGCUGCCUCAGAUAAUGCUGCCAAAGAAUGUAACGACUGAUGCACUGAAGGCCCCUUUUGGAGCGGCGCAGGUAGCUCCGCCUCCUCGCAAACUGGUGGAAGUGGACGUGUGUCGGGGUUAUUAUGAUGUCAUGGGACAGUAUGACCUCACCUUUAACUGCUCCAAGGAUGACUUCAUCUACUGCUGCGGGACCUGCCAUUACCGAUUUUGUUGUGCGGACCGCACUCGAAGGCUGGACCAGAACAUCUGCCAAAACUACCAUUCCCCUGUGUGGGCCAAUACGGCCCCCCCUGCGACCAGGCCCCCGCUGCCUGCCCACCCGGACCUCAGCCGUAUCGAACAAAGCAACAACACCGUCUACGUCAUCGGUGGAGUCAUCUCGUUUACAGUGGCGGUGGCAGUGGCUAUUAAAGUGGCGUUUCACAAGGCAUCACGGCAGCCUAGGAACAGAGAACUCAACAUGCCCAGGGCUCUUGUGGAAAUGUUGCGUCACCAGUCGAGUCCAGUUCAAGAGGGAGAUAGAAACAACAGUGUUGCCUUGGGAACUGGAGGAGGAGAGGGGACGCUUGGACGACCCCCAAAAAAUCUCUAUCCAACGCUACAGAGUAAAGAUAACCGACUGGGGAAUCUACAGCAUAACUUCAUCCAUACAACAGGCUCCAGUCCCAAACAUACAGCCACCAUUGAGCGUGCACCACGUAUGAACAACAUGCAGCUGGCCACUGGUGGCACAUUGAAGCCCAGUAAACAUACUAAUGCCAUGAAGCCCCAGCCGUCCUUCCAUCACUCUCUACAUAACCUGGCUCAGCUGCCGCCCUCGUAUGAAGCCGCCGUGAAGCCUGAGAUCAACAGAUACUCAUCUCUCAAGCGUCUGGAGAAAGGAGGAUUGGAGGAAUAUUCAGGUUACUGUACCACCAAACGGAGGCCCAACAAUGCCCCUCCCUCCUUUCAUUCCUCCCAGCAUCACCUUCCCUGGGGUGGCGACUACACGCUGGGAGGAAGAGGCACGCUUCCCAAUCGUGCUACUCGUCCUCGAAUACCUCAUCCACAGUCUGCCCCAAGCCACACCCCGAAUCCUUAUCCUCUGGAUCCACCGGAGUCGAAGCAAAACCACAACUACGAUACGCUUUCCAAACCACCACGUCGCGUCAAAUCAACAGACCAGCUCCUCGCCCUCUGUGAUGGCAACACCUUAUCAAGGAUGUCGAAGAACCAGCAGCACCAAUACUACAAAGCCAUGGCCACUUCAUCAAAGAAUUCCAAUACGAACACCUUGAAGAAGUCCAAGGAGAGGCAGCUGAUGUCCCCAGACCAUCUAGAAGAGGAGGUAGGCGGGGUUGAGUACGACGGAAGCAGGAUGGGUAUGGGAAUGGGCGACUACACAGCCGGAGGGGGAGGUGGAAUGGUACCCACCCUGCCCCGUGUUAGCCACCAGAAAGCUCAAUCACAGCAGAAUGUUUGCGCCACACCGUCACUCGACCGCCACCACAUGAUCAAGAUGAACUCACACCCGACCUCGGGGCGAGAGCAGGAGCGGAAUUCAGCGGCGAUGUCAGGUCACCUGGGAGGAGGCGGGGUCGGAGGAGUGGGAUGGGGCGACAUGCCAGGAACAGGAGUUGUCAUGGGAACAGGAACUCUUGGUGGACACAGUGCCAGGAGGCUAGCAUUUGCAGCUAAAAGGCAAAAUACCAUUGAACAACUUCACUUCAUCCCUGGUGGAGGGGGAAGUGGAGGAGGAGUGGCAUCGACCCAAGGGGUUAGAACAGGAAGCAAGAAUGAGGUUACUGUGUGAGCAAGAGGCUGGAAAGGGUAAAGAGGGAAUGGAAAAGAUGGGUGAGUGAUAGACUGUGUGAAGAGUUGGAGGAUGGUAGAGGGACUGUGGGAGAGAGAGAGUGGGCGGAAGAGGGAGAGAAAUACCGAGAGAAGAGAGAAAAGGAGUAGGAGGAUGGUAAAGGAAUAAGAGAAACAGAUUUUGAAGUAGGGGGCCACGAAGUGGGAGAAAGUAGGCAGACAGCGAAGUGGCACCAUAUUUUUACAGAUAUAUGUUGUAUAUAGUGGCAAAUUCACAAGAUAAGAUUAGAUAAGAGAUUUAAGUCAGGUUUGAUAGAGCUUCAGAGUUGUCGUGCUUUUUAUGUUCAUGAAAUUGCCGCUAUAAUUAUGAUCAAAGCUGCCAUAUACAACUAUUUAUUUGCAUAAAGUUUGCCUAUAAACAUACUGCAUAGAAGAUCAAUAGAGUGUAAUAUAAAUUCCACAUGAUGUGACAGAUGAGACAUUUUUCAUAUCUUUGUCAUGUUUUUAUCCUCAGAUAUUUUACAUUGUUAAACAUUACAGAUAUAGCUGCUAUGGAGAAAUAUAUUUCAGAGAACGGCUUUCAUCUUAUAACUAUGAUGGAACUACUGGGAGACUAAUAUAAUAAUUAACGUCUGCAUUAAAAGGAACCAGUUGAAUAUGAGUUGAGCGCUUAUCCCAACUGAUGAAUUGUAAAGCUACUUAAAGAUGGACUAACGUAAUGUUGGAUCUCUUUUUUUAAAACCCUAAUCUACUUCAACAUAAUGAGGAAGUGUGUCAGGGUUUUCACAAUGUCAAAAUGAAUGAAGAUGGAACAAUUUGAGGAGCAUAUCCAUAAACUUUUAAGAAUCUGAUGAACUCAUUUUGAAUACUGCGAGACAGAGAAAGCAAGCCUUACCAUUCCUCACCAUUGU